GUCGCGGGAUUUUAUGUAUGUAUACGUCUGAAAUUCUGAUACAACCAAUAUUAAACUUCAAACAAGUUAUAAGCAAUUUAUGAUAAAAACGUUAUUGUGAAAAUACUACAACCAUUUAAUUGUUACUAUUAUAAUUAUUGGGUGUGGUUAAAAUGAGAACUGUACACGAGAGACACAGAUCUGUUCUGCGGACUUUUCCAUUUCACAAGAGACAGAUAUAAAUAGAUUUAUUUUUAAAAAGAAGUGACAAAAUAACUCGUUUAAGUGUGUUAAUUUUUAGAAGAAAAAAAAACUAUGCUCAAUUUUUACAUGUUUAUUAUUUACUGCUUCAUUUGUAACUCAUAGUGUAAACAUCUUGGAAACAUUGAACAUUUAAUUGAACAGUGAAUGUCACUUUAAGCGAAUCAAUUGACAGAUUAUUCAUUGUACAACGACAAUGUAAAAGAAAUGAAUACAAAACAUGUAUAUGACUGGAUAACAAAAAGAAAAUAAUAAUUCAUUUUAAAUUUAUACAUUAUUAUUCAUUAAACGUUUAGAUUUAAUUGCUCUAGCAAAAGGAGUUUAUCAAUGUGCAUAACAAACAUUUGACAGUGGUAAUCAAUUCAUCUGGAUAAUUAUUUUAAUCUCUACCACAUAGUUAGUGUUUGUAUGUAAUACAUAAUUACAUGUGAAUUCAUAUCCUCUUUCAAAACAGGAUAACUUCUCAUUACUCAAAUCCCCAAUUAGCAUUAUUAAAUACUGGUGUUGCUUGCAUUGUAAUGCAUUUAUUCAUUCACAGAUAAUAAUUAUUAUUAAUGAAGCCCAAUUCAGUAUGGAUUUAGCCCUGUUUAUAUACCAUUUCAUUCUUCUUUUCGCAAAUUUUCCAACUCUUUUGAAAUCACAAUACACUGAUAAAUGGACAGAAAAAAGUCUUAUCAAAGACUUAUUGAGAGAUUAUGAAAAACGCGCUAGACCAGUAGUGGAUGGAAUGUCACCGGAAGUCACUGUUGGAGAUACUACUGUACAACAGAUUACUGUGGCAUUCGGUUUAGGUUUAAUUCAAAUUUUAGAACUUGACGAAAAUGAACAGAUUUUGACCGUCAGUGUUCGAUCACUUUAUAGAUGGAAUGAUUUUCAUUUGGUAUGGAAUCCAGAAGAAUAUGAGAAUAUUACACAUAUUAACAUUCCAACUGAUAAAAUAUGGCUUCCAGAUAUUGCACUUUACAAUUAUGCUGAUGAACGUCUAGAAGAGAGACGAGAGUGUGCUGCUCGAGUUGAUCAUAAUGGUGUAGUGGAAUGGCAUCCAAUGGCAAUUUAUAAGAGUACAUGUCCUGUCAAGAUUAAAUACUUCCCUUAUGAUAUGCAAGAGUGUAAUCUUCGGUUUGGUCCAUGGACUUUCGAUAGUGCCCGUGUCAAUAUAACCUUCUAUGAUGAAGGGUUCACACUGAAGGAUUAUGUUGAAAGUCCUGAAUGGUCAGUAUUAAAAAUUUGGCAAGAACACAGAUCACGUGAAUAUCCUUGUUGUCCAGAACAAUAUACUGAUGCAAAGUUUUACAUUAGCAUUCAACGUCAAGCAGCCUACUACAACUACAUUUUGAUUCUUCCCUGUUUCUUAUUGUCUUCAUUAACACUAGUACUAUUUUGGCUUCCACCGGAAACACCGGCAAAAAUGGUUUUAGGUAUGAACAUUUUCCUGGCAUUCUUCCUUUUACUUUUACUGCUGGAGAAUUCAAUCCCAUCGGCUUCUAGUUCAUUUCCACUUAUAGGUAAUUAUUACUGCAUAAAUAUGACCUUGGUUACACUCUCCACAUUUCUGUGCCUUAUUGUCGUCAAUUUACAUUUUCGUGGAGAUCGAAGAACUGAAGUUCCAUUCUGGCUAAGAAAAUUGGCCCUACAUCAUGGAGCUCGUAUUUUAUUUGUUAAUGUUGGUCCACCAGGUGGCCCGCCUCCGGCUACAGAAACAUCUAAUAAGAUGCCUGAUAAAUCAAACAUGAACUGUAGACAUGGUUGUGGAAUACCAAAUGAUAGCUUACUCCAUGGAAACUCAUUUAAUCCUAAAUUAUUUUCACUAAUGAGGAAUGAAUUCAAUGAACAGUUUAUGGAUCAUGUCAAAUUCAAUCGAUGUGGAAAGCCAUACAAUAACAAAUUCUGUUCACCCGAAUGCUAUGACAGUAAUAUUCGUCAAAUGCAUAUGAGAUCACAGUUUACAUCAGGAUCCCCAAAUCACAAAGUUCCUAGUUGUUUUUAUCCUGAUAAUGAGACUCAGAUGAAACACUAUUCUCAGUACGGCAGGAGACCAACACAAGAGGAUGAGCAGGCUACACCUUGUUCAUUUUGUCCAGCUUGUGCUGGUCUUGCAGCUGUAGCUGCCGCUGCAUCCAACCGUGGAUUAAGUGAUGCUGAUGCAGCAUAUCACGGUGGACAACAGUAUUCUAUGCAGACAACUCCAAAGAAUCAUUUUCAACAGGAUCCAACAGAUGAAUUAGCAGCUGUUUGGGAGGCUGCAAUAAAUGAAUCGAAUACGUAUAACAAACGUAUGUCAUCUCGUGGUCUUGACGAAAUUAACAAAUCAAGUGAAGAUGAAGAAGAAGUGACAGAUGAUGAAGAUGAUGAGCCAUACUCAACACGGAAUAAGAAUAUCGGACCUGAUCUAGAGCAUUUCCUUCUCCAGUGUAUUAAACCUGGAGCUUCUGAAAAGGCUGUAUCAGCAGCUAACACAAAAUGGAAUAGUUCCUUACACAGUACUCAACCAAUAUCUCCGUUUUAUCCAUUCACUUCACCAAUAUGUCAAGAUGAUUCAGAAGAUGAAAGAACAAAUAUGAAUCUACCAAGAUGGAGUUCAGCAGGACACAGUGUCGGUGGUCGUGGUAAUCGAGGAUCAAAUCAUCAUUCAGAUAAAGAAAUUAAUCCUAAUGCAGAGAAUACCAAUUUAUGGAGAGCUAAUUCAAGCAGUUUUAUUAAUCCUAAAUAUAAAAAAUCAAACAAUGACAUUGAUCAUCGUCUAUUGAAACGUGUAAAUAUGGUUACACGUGAUGUUUCAGAGAUUGUAAAAGGUAUACGUUAUAUGCAAAAACAGAAUUGUAAGAAAGAAAAGAAUAAUAAAAUUAUUGCUGAAUGGAGAGCAGUUGGUAUGGUGCUGGAUCGACUAUUUUUUGUUAUCUACCUCUGUGCACUCGGGAUAUCUAUAAUAUUCUUCUUCCCAAGAUCAGGAGAUGACACGGAUAAUCCACAAGAGAAAUACUAAUUUCCAUUUCCUAAAAAUACUUCCCUUUCUCCUUGUAUUAUACUGCAAGUACUACUGAUAAACUCGUUAAAUGAAAGAGAAUUUCGACUGUAUGUAAACAAACAGAUGUUUGUUUGAAAAAGCAAAAAUGAGUACAAUGAUCAAUGGUUUUUAGUUGAUAUUUACUAAUACUUACAUAUAUCUAACACAUUUUACGUAUAGUAAACGUUUUAUUAUUAAAUAUUAUUGUUACUCGUCAGUGUAUAACAUUUCUGUGCAUUUAAUAUUCUUGACUGUUACCAAUAGUGUACAAUAUAAAUUGUUUAAACUGUUAACAAAUAGAUAAACGAUAUAUACAUUUGCAAAUUUAAAAUAACCUCUAAACUAAUGUUGUUCAAUUGUUCAAUUUUUCUUAUUGUAAUAUUAUUGAGGUUUUGUUAAAAUACUUUCACUGAACAGAGUUGUUAGGGCAUGAAACCCUCAGGCAAUUAGUGCAUAUAACAGUAUAUAGAUAUGCAUACAUAUUCAGAUGUUAUAUAUUAAUAACUUCUUUGUACUGUACAUGUUGUUAUAUGGAUGAAUUCAUUCAAUGUUUUCAGUAUUCUUUUUUUUGUUACAAGGCUGAAUAUCUACCUGUAAUUUGUAAUGUGUAAUAGUUAAAGAGAAAUGACUUUUUGUUUUAAUAGAAGAGUUGACGUGAAUAUAGAUAACUACCAUAGACUACCAUAGACGAUUCAUCCGCUGAUAAUCAAUAAUUUAAAUAUUUCUGAGAAAUGUUUUAAAUGCUUUAAAUAAGUAUUAAAACAAAUUUACUUAAAUGUUAGUUAAUAAUACUUUAAUUGUACAAUAAUUAUUGACCAUUGUUCUGCAUAGAUAUAUGUAUUAAUCUAAAGUUUAAUUAAUCUGUUCGAAUACUUUAAUUUCCCUUUCUUUUAAUGAAUCAAAUUUCAAAAUAACAGAAGUAUUCAUCUUUAUUCAGUAUUUUAAAUGGAUUAACUUCAUUUUCUAAUGAAUAUUGAACUCCUCCUCGUUGUAUUUCAAUUAAAGUUGCUCACUACUAACUACUAUUACUAAAGUCAAAAUCAGAAUUACACUGCUAUAAUGAAUGCUAUAAUUCUUUGUAAUUUUUAAAUCUAAUUUUUAUCAUUUCUCUUUUCUGAUAAUUGACUUCCUGAUGACAUCAUUAUGCUAUUAACUCAAAGUAUAGAAUGCAGGAAAUUUGAAGUUUUGGUGAAGAGUUUACAACAAUUUGGGAUUGUUGUUGUUCGCGUCCUCCUCCUUCUCCUCCUCGACCACCCCCACCACCACCUCGCAAUCCCUUUUAGCAUAAGAUCUUAAUAAAGAAAACAGAAGUAUAUUAUUGUGUAUAUAUACAAAUGUAA